CGGCGCGGUGCCCGCUGGGAGUUGUAGUCCGGCGGCGCGACCAGCGGCAUGAGCGCCAAGCGGCGCCGGGCCUCGCCGCCGGCGGGGAAGAAGCGGGGGAAGCGGGAGGCGCCCACCGAGCUCUGCACCGCCAUGAGGGACGCGGCCCUGCGGGAGCGGGCGGCGGCGGCCUGGGGCGGUGGGGAGCCGCUCCGCCACGAGGCGGCAGCGGUGGAGCCGGCCCCGUUCCGGCACGGCGUUAUCCCCGGCUUCCUGGCGAGCUCGGCCUCGGCGGAGGCGCUGCGAGACGAGCUGCUGGGCCUCGGCUUCCACCGGCGGCGCAACGACCUCCUCUCGCUGCGGCAGUCCGAGGAGCUGGGGGGAAGGACGGAGCCCCACGUCGCCGCGCUGAGGGAUGCCCUGUGUGAAGAAUUCCGAGCUUGGCUUUCUGCUGUGACCCAGAUUGAGUUGGAGCCGACUAUUGACAUCUCCUGUGCUAAAUACGAAUAUACCGAUGUCUUGCUGUGCCACGAUGAUGAGCUGGAAGGUCGGAGAAUUGCUUUCAUCCUGUACCUUGUGCCACCCUGGGAGAAAAGCGACGGCGGAACGCUGGACCUGUACAGCACAGACGAGCACUUUCAGCCACAGCAAAUCGUCAAGUCAUUAGUGCCUUCGUGGAACACGCUGGUUUUCUUUGAAGUGUCUCCAGUCUCUUUCCACCAGGUGUCAGAAGUUCUGUCUGAGGAGAAGUGCCGCUUGUCAGUGAGCGGCUGGUUUCACGGCCCACCAAUCGUCAGACCUGCACGCCACAUCGAAGCUGCCUUGCCCAGGAGCCCACACAUCCCCUACGACCAUGAAAUCUUGUAUGAGUGGAUCAAUGUAGUUUAUUUGGACAUGGACUCCCAAGCUCAAAUCCAGGAAGAAUUUGAGGAGCGAUCAGAAAUUCUCCUGAAGGAUUUUCUUAAGAAAGAGAAAUACCAACUACUAUGUCAAGCUUUGGAGAACAAAGACAUCCAGUGGAGUAGCCGAGGACCUGCUAAUAAAAGACUCUAUGAGACAGCAGAGGAAGACAGCCUCCCUGACAUGCUGAAGAAAUUCAUGCAGUUCUUACGCUCCGAGGCCUUGUUUUUACUGCUUUCCAACUUCACUGGCCUAAAGCUGCACUUCCUGGCUCCCUCUGAUGAGGAUGAAGAUGCUGGGGAAGGAAGAGCAGCAGACACCGCUGGGCACAGCAGUCCCAAAUCCGAGCAGGAAGAGACUGAACAACACGCUGAUGGCAAUCCCCACCAGCCAGACCAGCCUGACAACAUCCCUGAAGCACAAGGUGGCGAGACACAGAAUGGCUCGGGUACUCCUGUGUGUGCAGGGGAGCUGCGGCGCUGGACCCACGGGCACUAUACUCUAGUCCAUGACGCUCAAGCAACAGAAUUUGCUCUCGACCUGCUCUUCUUCUGUGGCUGUGAGGACUGGGAUCCAGAAUAUGGUGGCUUUACUUCCUACAUUGCUAAAGGUGAAGAUGAAGAGCUGCUGACAGUGAAUCCAGAGGACAACUGCUUGGCCUUAGUUUACAGAGACAAAGAAACUAUGAAGUUUGUGAAAUACAUCAAUCACCGUAGCUUGGCACGCCUGAAAAAGCACCCAAACAGAACAGGAUUUUGGGAUUUUUCCUUUGUCUAUUAUGAGUGAUGGUGCAGAGUGGGACACUGGUGUCGCACGGAGGGGGGGGCAGGUUUGUACCCAGGCAUUUGGCUGGGGCCUAAGCCCAGAGAGACUUUGCUGUUACUACCUUCCUCAUGCCGUGUACGAGCUGUGCCCUGCUAAGUGGGGUCCAGGUGGCUUUUUUUAUUAACUGUACAAAUGGAAAUUCAGUCUCCUCCCGAGUCCUUUGUAGCGCACACUCUUGACUGCUUUUAAUGCUAUGUGGUGGGCAUCAUCAUCACAUAGCUGUCAGCUUUCCAGCUGCUCUCUCGUGAAAACAGCACGGUGGGAUGCAGCUCUAGCCUGCCAGGGUGAAAAUUGCGGUUGUACAUUGCCCCAAGCUUAUGACUGAUUUUAUUAAAAAAAAAAAAAAAGGAAAUGGGUCAGUUAAAUGCUUCAAAGUCUGGUUGGGCAAGUCUUGUUACAAAACGCUCAAGACAUUUGCUGGGGCUUAACUGUGUUCCCUGUUUGUAGAGGCAGAAAUAAAGGAGCUGCCACGGGAAAUAUGAGGUUUUUCCAGCUGCACAACUCUGUGGAGUUGGGAAAGAAGACAGUGAAGCUAUAAAGCUGCUGGCAUUGAGCA